CUGUCCAAUUGCCAAGCAACCCACUGUCAGCCAAUCAUAGAGCUUGGAGGUGAUGUCAUGGUAAGAGCCAGGCAGUGGUGCUGAUGUUGAGAGAAGCCUAGGGUACCACUAAUUGAAGGAGUGAGGAACAGAGCAGCACGCUUCGAACUGGACUGCAGGUUUGUGACCAAGUCCUAAGCUAGUACCAAGCCUACCUUGUGAUCCAGUUGGAUUCGGCCACCAGGUCCCGGAAAACAUGACUCUCGCUGCCUACAAAGAGAAGAUGAAGGAGCUCCCGCUGGUGUCCUUGUUCUGCUCCUGCUUCCUGGCUGACCCCCUGAAUAAGUCAUCCUACAACUAUGAAGGCUGGUGUGGGAGACAGUGUAGGAGAAAAGGUCAAAGCCAGCGGAAAGACAGUGCUGACUGGAGAGAAAGAAGAGAAGAGGCAGACACAGUGGACCUGAACUGGUGUGUCAUUUCCGACAUGGAAGUCAUUGAGCUCAACAAGUGCACCUCCGGCCAGUCUUUUGAAGUCAUUCUGAAGCCGCCUUCCUUCGACGGGGUACCCGAGUUCAACGCCUCCCUGCCCCGGAGACGAGACCCGUCCCUGGAGGAGAUCCAGAAGAAACUAGAAGCAGCUGAGGAGCGGAGGAAGUACCAGGAAGCUGAGCUCCUGAAACACCUAGCAGAGAAACGAGAACACGAGCGGGAGGUGAUCCAAAAAGCCAUUGAAGAGAACAACAACUUCAUCAAGAUGGCUAAAGAAAAACUGGCCCAGAAGAUGGAGUCCAACAAGGAGAACCGGGAGGCUCACCUAGCUGCCAUGUUGGAACGGCUGCAAGAGAAGGAGCCGCCUGCUGCGCGGUGACUCCCGGGACCCGAUCGGUGGCCUCGUCCCAUGGACAAGCAUGCCGAGGAGGUGCGGAAAAACAAGGAGCUGAAGGAAGAGGCCUCCAGGUAAAGCCCAGAGGCCAAAGAAGUUUCCAGGACAGCCGGACAGCUGCAGCGGCUCCGCAGCCCCGAGGCAGCCUCGCCCACCGGCUGCUCUCCCAGCACUGGGGUUAGGGGGGAGGGGGGUGGCCAAGGGGCAUUUCCUCUGCUUUUGGUGUUUGUACAUGUAAAGAAUUGACCAGUGAAGCCAUCCUAUUUGUUUCUGGGGGACAACGAUGAGGUGGGAGAGGGGAGAGAAGGAGAGAGUUUGGGAGAAGGAGGUAGAGAAGAACUCAUGGAUGUUGCCACACUGCCCACUGCAGGCUCCGGCCAAAUCCUCCAUUUUCUUAUCUCUGCCUGGACAUUGAGCGCCCAGGCACCGCGCUGAGGGGAGAUGAGAACCAAGGCAGAAGAAGCUCCCGGUGAAGGCCAGGGCUCUGGGUGGGUGAGGCGGUGGCUGCAGGGCGUGCAGAACGGGUGUGAGAUCCGGAAGGGUGACUUCUGCCCUGCAGCAGGUGGGAUGACAUGUGAGUGUGUGUAUGUGUUAACCAUCCUUUUUGAUCAUGACCAAUGAAACACUGA